UUCUCAAAGUUAACGUCAAUGUCAAGUACGUAGAUGUCACUUGGAUUCCACUUAAGUUCCACAUUGUAUGGUCGUAAAUGUUUUCGUGGUGGUAAAUAAGAGUUAUUUUUUUCGUGAAACAUGACUGACAAUGAAAAGCAAAACAAUACCGCGGAGGACCAACCGCAAGAAAAAACUGCGAAGCAGUUAGAAAAGGAGGCAAAGAAAGCAGCAAAACUAGAGAAACUUAAAGCUAAGUUGGACAAGAAGAGCACUGCGCCAGCUGUGCAGAAGGAAAAGCCUGAGAAAAAGGUGAAAGAAGUAAAAGAAAGUGCCGUCUACACAGCUAACACUGCUUUAGGAGACAAAAAGGACAUCUCGGGGUCUAUGCCUGAUGCCUACAGCCCCCUAUAUGUUGAGGCAGCAUGGUACGGCUGGUGGGAAAAGCAAGGAUUCUUUAAACCCGAAUAUGGGAAAAAAUCAGUACUGGAACCAAACCCUAAGGGUAAAUUUGUGAUGGUUAUCCCUCCACCAAAUGUGACAGGAUCCUUACAUCUCGGUCACGCUCUUACCAAUGCUGUUGAAGAUGCAAUCACAAGAUGGCAUAGGAUGAACGGCCGUACAACUCUAUGGAAUCCUGGAUGUGAUCAUGCAGGUAUCGCCACUCAAGUGGUGGUCGAGAAAAAGCUUUGGAGGGAAGAGAAAAAGACGCGUCAUGAUUUAGGAAGAGAGGAUUUUAUCAAACGUGUCUGGGAAUGGAAAGAACAAAAAGGAGGCAGAAUCUACGAACAACUGCGCUCAAUGGGCUCAUCCUUAGACUGGACUCGUGUCCGUUUCACGAUGGAUCCAAUAAUGUGUAAAGCUGUCAACGAAGCCUUCAUCAGAUUACAUGACUCCGGAGAUAUUUACAGAGCAAACAGACUCGUUAACUGGUCGUGCGCCUUAAAGAGUGCUAUAUCUGAUAUAGAAGUGGAUAAAGUUGAGCUAACUGGUAGGACUAUGCUGGCUAUCCCUGGAUAUGAUAGUAAGGUUGAGUUUGGUGUGCUGGUGCUGUUCGCCUAUCGCUCUGAGGACUCCGCAGAUGAGCUGGUGGUGGCCACCACUCGUGUGGAGACUAUGCUUGGUGAUGUUGCUGUUGCUGUACAUCCUAAUGAUACUAGGUAUAAACAUCUAAUUGGAAAGAACCUGGUGCAUCCGAUUGUUAAGAGGAAACUUCCAGUCAUUGCUGAUGAAUAUGUUGAUAUGGAAUUUGGAACAGGUGCUGUGAAAAUAACUCCCGCCCACGAUCCCAACGACUACGAGAUCGGCAAGCGACACAACCUACCCUUCAUCACCGUGUUCGAUGACGAGGGACGCAUGCUCGAUAACUGUGGACCGUUUGCGGGUAAAAAGCGUUUCGACGUCCGUCGUGAGAUAAUAAAAGUGUUGGAGCAAGCGAAUCUAUACAAGGAGACCAAGGAUCACGCCAUGGUGGUUCCACUCUGCAGUCGCUCCAAGGACGUAGUUGAGCCCAUGCUCAAACCCCAGUGGUACAUCCGCUGCGACAACAUGGCGUCCGAGGCUAUCAAAGCGGUAAAGAGCGGUGAAUUAAAACUGAUCCCAGAUGUCCACGAGAAGACCUGGUUCCACUGGAUGGAGAACAUCCGCGACUGGUGCAUCUCCCGCCAGCUUUGGUGGGGACACCGGAUACCCGCCUACCGAGUCGCGCUACCUAUCGCAGAGGUAAUUAAACAAAAAGAAGAAGAACAUUGGGUAUCAGCACAUUCGGAACAAGAAGCUCUCGCCAAAGCUUCGUUGAAGUUCCAAGUGCCAGCUGAAGAUAUCAAGCUGACGAGAGAUGAAGAUGUACUGGAUACUUGGUUCUCGUCAGGACUGUUCCCCUUCGCGGUAUUCGGGUGGCCAGAUCAGACUGAGGAUUUACAGGCGCUCUAUCCCACCACUCUUCUGGAAACUGGACACGAUAUAUUGUUCUUCUGGGUCGCCAGGAUGGUGUUCUUCGGACAACGGCUCACUGGAAAAUUACCUUUCAAAGAGAUAUACUUACAUCCAAUGGUACGAGACGCACACGGUCGCAAGAUGUCCAAAUCUCUGGGCAACGUCAUUGACCCCCUGGAUGUGGUUCACGGUAUCUCCCUGGAACAACUCCAUGCUCAACUGAUGGACUCCAACUUAGACCCUCGUGAGAUUGAGAAGGCCAAGCUGGGGCAAAAGCAGGACUACCCCAAUGGGAUACCUGAAUGUGGAACUGACGCCUUGAGGUUCGGGCUGUGCGCCAUGACGCAGGGCCGCGACCUGAACCUGGACAUCCUGCGCGUGCAGGGCUACCGGUUCUUCUGCAACAAGCUGUGGAACGCGACCAAGUUCGCCCUCAUGUACUUCCCAGCCGACACCGUUUAUAAGGCUUAUACCCCAAAUCUCCCACCCGGCCUCUCCUCGAUGGACCGGUGGAUGCUGUCCAAGUUAGCGUUAGCGGUACAGAAGGUCAACGCUGGCUUCCAGAACUAUGAUUUCCCUUCAGCCACAACAUAUUGUUACAAUUUGUGGUUGUACGAUCUUUGUGAUGUUUAUUUGGAAUACCUCAAGCCAGUUUUCGCUAAAGGGUCAGAAGACCAGAAAUCAGCUGCUCGCCGUACCCUCUAUACCACAUUGGAGUAUGGGCUCAAGUUGCUCAGCCCUUUCAUGCCCUUCAUCACCGAGGAAUUGUUCCAGAGACUACCAAGAGAAGACAAAAGUUGUCCAUCCAUCUGUGUAGCUGAGUAUCCUACGGAUGCAACUUCACCAUGGCGCUCAGAGCAACUGGAAGCAAAUGUAGAAACGGCACUCAAAAUCGUUCACCUAAUUCGAUCAACGCGUUCCGAGUACAACAUAACAAACAAACAAAAGACAACCGCCCAUUUAGUGACAUCUGAUGACAUGCAAGAAGUCAGAGAGUUGUUCAAGAAGUUGCAAUCGCUGGCUAACAGUGAGCUAAGCGAUGAUGCCCCACCGACAGGAUGCUCUAUAUUGACUGUGUCGGAUAAAAUUGAAGUGCAUCUAGUGUUGAAGGGACUUAUAGACCCAGUUAAAGAAAUCACGAAAUUAGAAAAGAAAAAAGAUAACCUAACGCAAACAAUCAGUAAACUACAGCAAGCAAUGGCAGCCGAUGACUAUGUUACAAAAGUACCAGCUGAAGUACAGAAAGUCAACUCUGAGAAGCUUACCCAAUCUCAAGGAGAAAUACAACGCUUGCAAGCUGCUAUAGAAACAUUGAAACUCAUGUAAAUUAGUGACCAUUGUUAUAUGUGUACAAUUUUUUACCUUAUUUCUAAGUGAACAGAGUUGAAAAUAUAUGUAAGAAUUUAAUCAGUUUCCCUAAUUUAAUUUCUUUUUAUCUCUAAUGCAGUGAAUUGUAUAUAAAGUUUUAUGCAUUUUUGUGAAGAAUCUUUUGUUUAAGUAUUUUACAGUUGCAAUUUACAGGAAAACAAGUACUGUUCUUUGUUUUAUUUCACUUAAUCUGAGAACAAUAUAGAGUACAUAGUAGAGUGUUUUA